AUGACAGCAAACCCAUCCAAUCCCGUAUUGAACCUGGCCUAUUAUGCCCUUGACGAUAAGUACAAGGGUUGUGUGAAUGCCAUGAAGAGCAAUCUCACUUCUCUCCUCAAGAAGGAGCUGAAAACAUCCCAAACAUACAAAGCUACAUGGGAAAAGGCCUUGAACGAGUGGCGGAUGAACAAGGAUUCAAAGUCAUUGCCACAGAAUAUAACAGAGCUUGCUGAAGUGGCUAUCUUGACGUAUGUAUCUGAAGCCCCGAAAAUCUACACAGAAUUCAAUACUGCCACCCGAACAGCAGGAAAAGGCCCCAGAGAAUAUGAGGCCUACCCUUUCAAAUCUCUUCAUUUCCUUUUAACGUGGGCAGCCAAAGCAUUUCAGUCAACACAGCCCAAAUGCAUUAGUGUCUACAGGGGCACCAACGUGGAGUUUUCCGUCAAGAAGAUGUUCCGGUUUGGACAGUUCACCUCCACUUCAGAGGACAAAGAAGUGGCCAGUGAGUUUGGGAAGGCAACCUUCUUCAGGGUGUCCACCUGCAAGGGCUACUCAAUACGUGAGAUAUCCAAGUUUAAAUAUGAAGAGGAAGUGUUAAUACCUCCUUAUGAGCUAUUCAAGGUCACCUCAAUUAAAGACACUGCAAAGGGCAAAAUCAUAAAGGCCAAGUCCGUAGGAAGCUGCAGCAAUCACAACUGUGCUUUUGUUGGGAAAG